CAAUCCAUUGCUUGUUUUGCUCUAACCAGCUCCACCAUAACCACUUACCUCAAGUUUCUUUUCUUCAUUUAUGAGCAUCCUACCUGCAGCGGACGAGCUCGAAUGCUUGAUCAAGAAUCGGACUAGAUGGCCCUCAUUCACCAAGGUCUUCCUCGCUACAGAUGCCACCAAGAACAGGAAAGGUGGUGGUCGGGGCGGGCGGCCUUCCUCUCCGCGGGGCGGUGUCCUCCGGCGCGGCGGCUUCCAUGGUGGGCGGCCAAGCUUCGCCGUUGUUCCUGGCUCGGCUCUGGUGCUCGCCGGUGGACUGCAGGUGCUCGGACGCUGGUGGUCGCCUGGAUCUGGCGCUUCGCGGCUGGAUCCGGCGGUGGGCAGCGUCCCGAGGUCGUGACGGGCAUCUUGCUCGCCGGCGUGGGAUCUAGGGCGGCGCUCCCUAGUGGUGGUUUGUGUGCCAUCCCUUGCUGUCUCUGUGCUCUCCUCUUCUGUUUGUGCGGGUGGUUUGGGCCGUCGCACUUCCUUGCUAUCGCUAGGUGCUUCCUUUGCCAUGGAUUGUUGGGGUUGGGUGAAAGCCCAGGCUGGCGACUGCCGGUGCUGACAAUGACGACGCCCUCCUUCGAGGCAUUGUAGUGGCCCCUACCACGAAUUCGGGUGAAAACCCUAGGUCCUUUGGACCGGGCAGCAGCGGCACGUCUGUGUCACAGGCUGCUUGGAGACGUUGCCUUGGAUUCAUGGUUUCCCCGGCAGAUUGGGUGGUCUCUGGUUGAUGGCGGCCAGCAGCACUUCUUGGCUUUCGUCUUCGGUCAUCGCCGACCCUAUGUUUCAUGCUUUGUGAUGAGCUUCGCCCUCCUGUUGCCGGCCUUGGCUGCUUGGUUUCUUUCGACGGCGUGAAUGGCCAGUUUCUGUUCGCAAUCCUCGGGGUGUCAUACGGCGGUCAAGGUUCGUGUGCGUUGAGGUCUCGACUUCGCAACGCCCUUCGACCUGGUGAGGUCUCGCGGUAGAGUGAAGUCCUUCCACCUUGCCGUUACACUCGUUGGCAUGUUGCUCUAUUUGGCCAUGGCGAUGACUUCUUAGUGGCAAAGAUGCUUGUGCGUUGCAAUGUCUCGGUGCUGUGUAGCCUUUCGAUGGCAUUUGGAGUACUCCUCUGGCAUGCAUGUGUUCUUUGUUGUGGCGAUGGUGGUCGUGUAAGCCUCUCAGUUGCUCUGUUUUUAACUCUUGUAGCUUCUUCGGCA